AUGGAAUCCAUACUCUCCACCAAGUCUAAAAACGUGGAUUUGCCUCCGAAACUCGAACCGGAAGUGGCGAUCAAUGAAAGUUUGGAGCAGGAACUUCCACGGAGCAACACCCGAUUGUCGGAGCCGUCAACGUCAUCUGAAGAGAAAUCGACUGACGAGUCACGGAAAAGAAGCAGAUCGGUCGGAGAUGAACGCGAAGAGCCAGCCAGGAAAGCGAGCAAAAGGAACAAUUCGACUUCGAGCACAGUGGAGAGUUCAUCGGACGAUCAGAGCAACAGUGGAAAGGAGGACGAGGACAGUGAAGAGACCGGACCGUAACUUACCCUUUUUAAAGUAUAUCCACUCAAAUUCUAUUUUUUCAGAGUGAAGUCAAUGUCUUCCCACCGAAAAAUGGCGCACACGAAACCUCCUUACUCCUACAUCGCCCUCAUUUCAAUGGCCAUCGUCAACUCUCCGGAAAAGAAACUUACGCUUUCUGAGAUUUGCGAUUUCAUCAUAAAUGAGUUCGAUUACUACAAGGAGAAGUUUCCCGCCUGGCAGAACUCCAUCCGUCACAAUCUCUCCCUGAACGACUGCUUUAUUAAAGUGCCACGUGGACCUGGCAAUCCUGGAAAAGGCAAUUACUGGACGAUGGAUCCGAACUCGGAGGAUAUGUUCGACAACGGAUCCUUCUUGCGCAGAAGGAAGAGGUGAGUCCGGGCGAGCUGGGCCGAGCAUUACAACUUGAGGUAGCCGUCGGCUGUGCACACAUAACGACAGCGACAACGACAGUUGUUUCGAUAAUUUGUCACCAAUUUGUUGUCAUUAAUCGCACCCACCGGGGCACAAUCCUUGGGAAAACGACAACUUUUCGAAACGAGGGUCAAGUGUUUUCAGAUUCAAAAAGACGGCGGACAACAUGCCCGAGUUGCUGGCCCAUCCGAUGCAGUUCCCUCCGUUCAUGCCGCCCGGCAUGUUCAUGAAUCCCCGCAUGAUGCCUCCGAUGGGCCCGAUCCCAAUGAUGGCCGGUUCCCAUCCGAUGAAUCCACGUGCCUGUCCCAAUAUGCCCGCAUUCUUCCUCCCUCCUCCGAUCGACAGUCAGAAGUUGCUCUCCAUUAUGGCCUCGCGAGUGAUGCCGUUGGAGGCGCCGAUCCGUCAGAUUGAGAAGAAGUCUGUUUCUCCGAAUGAGAACGGAUCUUCUGCCAUCCAAUCAUUAUGA